AUGGGGGACGAAGAUAUUGGGUGCACAGGUAUGAGAAAGCGUUCGCUUCCCUUUGAUCUCCAUCUCACAGCUUACCGUCAUCAGUUGUUCCUCGAGCUAAUUUUAAUAUAUUCAAGGUUUCUGCGGGUGUGAUGGGAAGAGCUCGUGGCCGGAACUUGUUGGAGUCCCAGGGACUGAGGCCGUGACCAUAAUCAAGAAGGAGAACCCUCUAGUUAAGCCGAGAAUCGUUAAGGAGGGAUCGAGCGUCAUCCUCAACAUAGACUGUAACAGGGUCUGGGUUUGGGUGAACAAAGCAGGCUUCGUCACCACAACCCCGACGAUCGGAUAGCCAGUGAACAUGCCAGAAAACUACACGCUCGGACUCUGAAGUGAAGUCAAUAAGAAAGGCCUGAUCGUGUUACAAUAAACCAAGAUAUUUUUAAUGCGUAUUUUCAUUUCUUCGUGAACCCACUUAAUAAGAGAUAUACGGGAGCCUCAGGCUCCGCCUGGUGACAUCCCGGCUGAACCAGGCCCGGCUAAGGAAAAAAGAGGCAUAAUAACGCAGGGUCCAGAGAUUUCCCUACCGUUCAUAAAAGCAUACGAGAGUCAAGGAGGAGCUCUUUUGGUCCUACUCUUUUUUAACUCCACAGAAACGCACCAAUGAUAGUACGAUACAAAUUACUAAACGAAGCCCAUUUGCAGGACUUCUCUAAAUGUGGAUCUCGGAGUUUUCUCCAAAACCACUCGAAGAUAAUAUGAUGAAGACGUCUGAUCUGUAAUUUGUCUUCAAAUGCUUUUAGGACUUCCUUGAAAAAGAAUAGUCCUUCAGAGAAUUGAAGAAUCCACUACUUCUAGUCACGGCUACCAGACCCAGAGGGGAAACCCGAUAAAGACUAUGAAUUCGUUAGAGAUUCAUCACCUCUCCGCUUCUGAAUAUGUAUGCGAAAAUCACUGAUCAUGAGAAUCCGAAAGUCAAAGAAUGCUGAUGUUCCAUUACUUUAAUCACUGCCAACGAAUUUUCUCUACUCAGCCAAACCCUUUGAGAAACACAUCAUUCUUUCUCGAGCUCACGAACAAGUCUGGAGUCCACUGAUCGUAUAGGUACACAAGAAACUUUAUCAUUCCUUCCAUUUAUGGAGGACGUAGACAGUAGAACAACCUCCUUGUCUAUAACUGUCUCUAGUAAGCGAUUCUAAAAUUGAUAGUCAUCAUUCAGAUUGGAAAGCCUCAAUAAUUCUAAAACUUUAUCCCUAUUGGCAACAUUUCGACCAGCUCCCCAGCCAGUUGCAGUUGCAGCACCCACUACAUUUGCCAGAGCUAGCAUCUCGAUCUCCGGCAUAUUCUGCAGAUAACCAAAAGCAACUGCUACAGUAAAGUUGUCUCCACAACCAACCGUGUCGAGUCAUUGACCUGAUGAAUACAUUCCACACAGAAAAAGAGAUAAUGAUCAUUUUCAAUUAUACUUCGAACCAUUAACAGACGUAGCAACACAAACCUUAGUUACUAAAACUAAUCCUGGUGAGCCUAUUUUAAUGAUGACCCAGUUUGUACGAGCUGCUUGACUGAUCAAUUUUUGCCGAGUCAGAAUCGGACUUGGAAGCCCAGUCAGUGCUUCAGCCUAAUAUUUGACAUUUAUCACAAAGAGCAUUCAAAGAUAACUAACUCUCAAGUUAUAUCCAUCAAGGAUGUUAUUUACUGCGAAGUUGAUUUUAUCAAUCAAAAAUCAGAAAUGGGAACCGACCAUAAAAAAUCAUUCGCGUCUCCAUCGCAUGGUAAUUUUGACAUACAAUUACUCAUUAACAAUGGCGGGCAUUGAUUGCUGGGCAAGGUUUAGGAUUUAAAGUUGUAAUUCUGGCACACUAAAUCAAAUUUCUCUAGGAACAUCCAUAUAUUUGGGAACCUAGUUUCUAAAGCUCGACCAUUGAGGCUGAGAGCUUAAAUAAUCCACCAUCAAGUAUGUUUAUUUAAAAGAAAGCUUGCUUAGAAUCCCCCAAAAAAUUCCAUGAAUAUCGUGGUAAAUGCAAAAGGCUGGCCGAAAAAAUGGGAACGGGAAAAAAUGAAUAAAAGGAAUAAUUUCAUAAGGCGUCAUAUAAUGGACUUCCAACAAAUAAAUAAGAUCAGAUAUACUCUACUCUUGUCGAACCUUAAACAAAUUGGAAAACAUAACCAUGUUCCAUGAGUUGCUCUCCUGAAAUGGAAGUGAAAUUUUUCUUCUAUUCUUAUUUACUCAAUAUGAUGCAUCCUCCAGGAAUAUUGACGACCCUAAGUUGACCUUCUUGGACUUCAAAAUUUCAAGUACUCUCAGAAGAAGUUGAACAUGGCUGUUCCUAAACGAGUUUACUUUAGAAGUUAACUAUCAGAAGGCACAAAGAAAAACAAAAUAUUCAAUGGCUUCUAUGUCCACUUCGCGUAAGCACGGCCAGGCAUGUUCAAGCUGUUCAGUAGCUUCUUGACGUAACAAUUGGGAGUUACGAAUUAAACUCAAGUUACUAUGUUUUCGAUUAUCUAAUAAAUCAUUUCAUGAAGUACAUGUGAAAACUAUUUAGGCGGAGUGCCCUUGCCUAUUAUUACGAGAAAAAUGAAGGAAACCUCAGAAACAGAUGGAAAGCGAGGAAGCCGAGGAAGAAUGCGACAAAGAAACUAAAUAGGACGAAGAGGGAUCCACUGAAGAAACUUUUCUUUCGGUUCCAAAGAAAAACAAAUAUCUAAACAAAAUAACUGAAACAAACAAAAUCCUAGUGCAUUGAAAAGAAAAAAUAACAAAGGAUAAAUUCUUUUCUCAAGAGACACGAUAUAAGGACGGUACAUUUUUGCGAAGACUCUUAUCUUAAUCGGUAUCGAGAACAAGAACUUUGGAAAUUAGAAACUAAAGAGGAUAAAAAUCCUUUUUGGUUUGGAAAACCGCUCGUUACUUUUGUUUUCAAGGGCGUGCAUCAAUGGCGUAUUCAAGGGUUGCAACCUUUUACCGAUCGACACACCGUUUUCCUAUCUGGAGCAGAUCAGACCUAGCUUGGUACGUAGGCCAAGUCUACAAAGCGGCAUAAUAUUUUCUUAUCAAUUUAUUUCUCUUUGUACCUUUUGGCAAAUUCAAUAAAGUUGGCGCCCAAAAAUUACUUAUGUAUAUAAUUAAUUUCAAGACUAAAUAUGAUUUAAACUUCGUACCAUUCUAACUAAUAUUCAAGUGAAAAUCCCCCCUUGCAAGCACAAGAUUAGUGUCCCUCGUUAUCUGAUCUGGCUACCAUGGACCUCUCAAAGGAGACGACAUCAUCCCUAGGACCUUACUUCAUCCGUUGAUAUUGCAGUCCCCGUUAUCAACCAUAUCUCAACAUUCUCAUGUAAGGAAUAAUCGUUUUCGAACAGUGAAACUGUUUAAAGCAUGCUAAUUGUCGAAAGUCUACGUCAUCCUCAUGAAUAUGCUCGAGGAUUAAGCUGCACAGUCUUUUGGUAGAGCUUGUGGAAAGAGUGUGGGUAUGUUACGUGUUAAGGGAAGAGCUCAUGGCCUGAACUCGUCACAGAACCGGGGAACUCUCUCGUCGAGAGUAAGAGCCCUCUCGUUGACGCCAUUGCAGAAAGGUUGGCCUCAACCUUCGAGGACUUACCGCGGCGAUAGGGUGCGAUUGUGAGUUGACGAUUACGAUAUCGUCGCAAGAACGACAUAGAUCGGCUAGCGCAGUGAACUCUUCUCCUAACGGACAGACGGUAGCAGGAUAGAAACCAUUGUUGUUGACUAAAGGAGUGAGUCCAUUUGACUUCCUGGGCUAAUAAUGCCCAAAAAAAAUUCUCCGUCUCUGCACAUCAGUAUUCCAUAGAACUCAAUAAAAUUAAAAAUAAAUAAGCAUUAUGAUCGUUAAUCAUGCACUGGGUAAAAAGAUGUCUCUUUUUCGACAUGAACCUUACGAAAGUUGUUUAUAUUAGAAUACCAGAUAGAAGCCUCCUAACCCCAGGUUACCAAUCUUCUCCAUGAAAGGGAACAUUAUUCUGUAAAUCAAGUAUGUAAAAUUAAUACUUCAUUGAGAAUAAUAGAGAUUUCUACUUCAAAUUGACUUGUAGUAUCUUCUUGUUGAUAUCUGAAGACAAAGGCAUUACAGAGAGAUAUAUGCAGGCUAAGCUAAUAAACAGUCAUGAGGACUGUAACGUACUUGUAGUAAGAAGUGGAGUUUAGGUAUAAAAAAACUUAAAAGUCUCCAUGCGAUAGAUAUUCCUCCUUCUCCGUAAUUUUUCUUCAAAUUUGGGCCUUUCACAUAAUUCUGAUCUGCUGUGGCGGGCUGCUUUGUCCUCUACUAUAUUCCACAUGGGUGGACAUUUCUUAGUGGUCAUUGGGUGUAUUUCGUGUAAAUAUGCACGCGGGUGAAGAACCAACGUUUAUCCUAACACAUCAUCAUCGAGAAGAACAAAUGAGUAAAAUCUCUAUUUAAUGGAUAUGCACCUUAAUUCUACGUGAACCCCGUCGCGAUUGGCUCGUAUCCCUGAUAAGGCCCCCCGGAAAUAACUUAGUCGAAGAAAAGUUGCACCCUCGUCGUCAACAUCCGGGAUAGGACAGCCUGGCCGGAUAGAUCGCCGUGUGGAAUUUUCCGGGAAUUCGUACUUAGUCAACUCUUGCGGCGUGGACCUGAUUAAUAUCAACAUUAAUCUCGACCAUCUACCUCCUUAAUUCUUUGACCAUCUCCUUAUUCUUUGACCAGCUAAAUGAAGUUCCCAUCUUUUGUCACUUAAAAUUCCGCGGCAACAUGACCCGGGAGGUGCCUCCACGGAUCAAUUCAUUUCAACUCUCCCCGGAUUUAUAAUAAAUACUGCAAAAACUCUCACGUCCCCCCCCCCCUCCCCCCUCAUAUAUCACCUGCCCUGAUGCUGCAUGCGAAAGGCAGGGGAUAGUUGAGGACGUAGUGUUGGAUACAAAUUUACGAGGAAACGUUUUCUUUCCCUUCAUCUCUCUCUCACACCUCACCAUCGCUAGUUGUUCCUCGAGCUAAUUUUAAUAUAUUCAGGGUUUCAGCGGAUGCGAAUUCUCUGAUUCGUGAGCUAUCACCACCACUAUAGAAAUACCUGCUCUUGCAGAGACGAAACGAAAAAUGGAGAACUGCCAACGUAACGAACGUAUUGCUCUUUGAUUCAACGUAACUAUUACCUGGAGUCCGCUUCAUUAUUUUCCCUUAGAAGGUUGUAGUGCUUCUAUUCAUUUUUUUUCGAACACAACGUUAUGAGUCUGAGCUCAACCACGUCAACUUCACGGGUCAUCAGAUAUGUCAUGUCUUUCCUGAAAUAGCUCUCUCUAUGAGUGCUUAUCGUUUUGUGUGGCGUGUCUCAACUGCUAAUCUACUGAGAAGAACAAAUUGAGAAUUUCUAAUAAUGACAUUAUCUGAACUAUAAAUUUCCUUUAUCUAUGUGCUCUUAGAACCCACCGAUCAGGCAUCAUCAUCCGCCACAUAUGGUAAAAUCUCUAUUUAAUGGAUGUUCACCUUAAUUCUAAGUAAACCCCCUCGCGAUUGGCUCGUACCCCCUGAUAAGGACCUCCGGAAAUAACUACGUCGAAGAAAAAGUUGCACCGUCGGCGUCAAGAUCUUGGAUAGGAUAGCCUGAUCGCCGUGUGGAAUCUUGCGGGAAUUCGCACUUAGACAAUUCUUGCGAGGCGGCGACCUGAUUAACUUCAACAUCGACGUCAGUCGUCUAUCUCCUUAUUGUUUGACCACUUCCUUCCUCUUUCACCAUCGCAAUGAAGUUCCAACCUUUUCUGACUUAAAAUCCGCGGCCACAUGACCCGGGAGGGGCCUCACCUCUGAUCAAUUUGUUUCAACUCUCCACAGAUUUAUAAUACAUACUGCAAGAAUGUAAUGUACACACCACCCCCCCCCCCCCCCCCCCCAACACACACACACCUUCCCUCACCUCCCCUGGUGCUGCUUACGAAAAGCAGACGACAAUGGGGGACGUAGAUAUCGGGUGCACAGGUAUGAGAAAGCGUUUGCUUCCCCUUCAUCUCCCCCUCAGACCUGAGCGUCACUAGUUGUUGUUCGAGCUAAUUUUAAUAUAUUCAAGCAUUACUUGGCGCGUGAAGGGAAGAGCUCGUGGCCGGAGCUGGUCGGAGCCCUAGGGACCGUGGCCGUGACCAUAAUCGAGAGCGAGAACCCUCGAGUUGACGCAGUAAUCGUACCGGAGGGGGCGGCCGUCAUCCUCAACUUCGACUGUAACAGGGUCUGGGUUUGGGUGAACAAGGCAGGCAAGGUCAUCAAAAUCCCGAUAAUCGGAUAA